AGUUUUAUAUUUCAACUCUGUCACACAUGACACAUCAUUUACGAACGGUGGACUGCACCUCCCACUUCGGUGCUGCCUGGUUUAUAUUCCUGGCCACAGCGUUGCUUUCUAAAUGUGGACUCCCUGCCAAGAAAUAAGAGGACCAGUUUGUGACUACUACACUACUCCUGUGUUCAGAGUUUAGAGGAUCCGUAGGACGACAGGUGGACAGUGCGCUGCCUGGUUGCUCGUGGUAACUCUCCGCCAUGCCUUUCCCCUUUGGCAAGUCCCACAAGUCGCCGGCGGACAUCGUCAAAAACCUGAAAGACAGCAUGACGGUGCUCGAGAAGCAUGAUAUAUCCGACAAAAAGGCCGAAAAGGCCACAGAGGAGGUGUCCAAAAGCCUGGUGGCCAUGAAGGAGAUCCUGUAUGGGACUAAUGAGAAGGAGCCCCAAACUGAGGCAGUGGCUCAGCUCGCCCAGGAGCUCUACAACAGCGGCCUGCUCAGCACCCUGGUGGCAGACCUGCAGCUCAUCGACUUCGAGGGUAAGAAAGACGUGGCUCAGAUCUUCAACAACAUCCUGCGGCGUCAGAUUGGCACCCGGACGCCCACGGUGGAGUACCUGUGCACCCAGCAGAAUAUCCUCUUCAUGUUGCUUAAAGGGUAUGAGUCUCCAGAGAUCGCCCUAAACUGUGGCAUCAUGUUGAGGGAGUGCAUCAGACACGAACCGCUGGCCAAAAUCACGCUGUGGUCGGAGCAGUUCUACGACUUCUUCAGAUACGUGGAGAUGUCCACCUUCGACAUCGCCUCAGACGCAUUCGCCACUUUCAAAGACCUCCUCACAAGACACAAGCUACUGAGUGCAGAGUUUCUGGAGCAACAUUAUGACAGAUUCUUCAGUGAAUAUGAGAAGUUACUGCACUCUGAAAACUACGUGACUAAAAGGCAGUCUCUCAAGUUACUGGGUGAGUUGCUUCUUGACCGACACAAUUUCACCAUAAUGACGAAAUACAUCAGCAAGCCAGAGAAUCUCAAACUGAUGAUGAACCUGCUACGGGACAAGAGCCGCAACAUCCAGUUUGAGGCUUUCCACGUUUUUAAGGUAUUUGUGGCCAACCCCAACAAGACCCAGCCCAUCCUGGACAUCCUGCUGAAGAACCAAACCAAACUCAUCGAGUUCCUCAGCAAGUUUCAGAACGACAGAACGGAGGACGAACAGUUCAACGAUGAAAAGACUUACCUGGUCAAACAGAUCAGGGACCUGAAGAGGCCGGCCCCCCAGGAGGCCUGAGGAAGGCUGCAGAGGUUGGGGUGGGGGGGAGGUGGGGGAAGGAGCCAUCAGGACCACGUCUGGAAAAACCAUCCGGACAAAGUCUGCUUAACGGACCCAUCAGCAGCCGCUGUUCUGGUUUCUGAACAAAGAAAUGAGGAAAAAACCAACGCACCCAUACCAACUCACCGGGAGGCCGACAGCUCCUCUGUUCCUCAGUGAACCUUUAUUUACUUCUUUUUCUUUUUUUAAGUCCUUUUCCUUCAAAAGAAAUAAGAGAAAAUAAUAGAUGCUGCUGCUUUUCUUGCACAUUGAGACAUGUGAGGUAUAUUGUGAUGAAACAUAGUGACAGAAAAUGUCCGUGCACUCACAGUAAGGCAGACAUCCUGACACACAGAACAAAAGUUUUACACACACAUGUAUACGUUUAAACAAAAACAUGCAUACACACACUGCGAGAAUAUCAGCUAAAACCUUGUGAGGGAAAUGGUACGAGUUGAACAUUCGGUGUGUUGGUUGCAUGCCUUGAAAUGUGACAUGGCUGUACCCAGCGCCGCUCUGAUGCUCAGCGCCGCAGACCCAGGCGUGCACGUGCAUCACAGUUCAUAUUUAUGCCUUCAUCCAAUAAAGACACGGUGGUUCAUUUCCAGCGAUUCAGAUGCCAUCACAGAACCUCCUGUGUGCUUUCUUACAGCACUCAAAGCACAGGAGGAGGAGGAGGAGGAGGAGGAGGAGGGAUGUAGAGGUGUGAUUCGGUAGAGCCCCCAGAGUUGGGUCUUUGUUUUUCUGGGAGAGGGUGAACAUGUACAUAUGCCUUUUUUGUUUUUUUUGCUUUGUAGAUUUUUGUUUAACGUUGACUCAUGAAUAUAUAUUAUAUAUAUAUUACCUUAAACAUCCCGUUUUUGGUUAAUUGUAAUCAAAUUACUUUCAAAACCAUAAAAAAAGAAGUUCAGUUGUUCUUUGCGUUACAUGUUACUGCUGAAAUGGUUGCUGUUGGGUUUACUUGUACAUAACGGCUCACAUUUAGCUAACCUAUAAGAUAUUAACAACGUGUACAGCGGAGGAAUGUCAUGGUAUUAGCUCUGGAAGUGUUAAUCCUCUCUUUACUCUCCCGUCUACAUUUUUGAGUAUCUCUCAGAUUGCUGAAAAUGUGUAGAAGAGGGGAGGGAGGGGAUUGGGGCAGCAUUAACUGAAACAUUAAGCCUGUGUGUUUGUGCACUUUGUGAGGUGCUGAGCGAUCGACCUCCCCCAUGAGGAUAGCGGGGGUGUACCCCUCUCCUCUGUUUCAUUAACUUGAUUUUUCUUACUCUCACCACUUAGCUUCUGCCCUGGGAGUGCGGUGUGCCCCACAGAGAGAGUGUUUCAGGGGUGAACUCGUCAGGACUUUGGCACCAUUCUUAUCCCCCCCCCCCCCUUCUCCUCAUGUUGAGCCUUUCUUUUCAGAGGGUUUAUAAUUCCAGUACAAUCUUUAGUGUAAAGCAUUGUGAGUAGCGGACUAAUUUGGGCAUGCUGGAUUGUCCUCAUGGUGGAAAAGGCAGAUGUGUUAAUUAACAGUAAAUGAUGUAAUUAGAAGUGAAUACGUGCAGUUCAGAAAACUGCGAUACUCAGAAAGAAGACAGCCCCUCCAUCCGCAUCGAACAUGCAUGUUCCUCCACUGGCUGUGCAUGAUGCUGUACUGAAGAUGUUGUACUGGAAUUGUUUCUUUGCUCCGAGUAUUUAACAUUGAAAUGUCAAACUAAACUUUUGGCUGUAUGCUGAGGCCAGCUUCAGCAUAGAGCGUGUGGGUGCUUUCAGAAGUGUCAAAGGCCUGGGCCCUACAAAUAAAAUAAAUAAAAAAAACAUUUGGAAUAAAAUAA